UUAUGAAAUUGGAUCUAUUAGACAGGUUAGGGUUUUCUCGUAGCAUAAUCAAACCUCUCUCAUUUGCCACCACCACUAGCAGCAGCGACUGAAGAAGAAGCAGUGCUCAUCAACCAUGGCGGAGCAGACCGAGAAGGCUUUCCUGAAGCAACCGAAAGUGUUUUUAAGCUCGAAGAAAUCUGGGAAAGGGAAGAGACCGGGAAAGGGAGGGAACCGCUACUGGAAGAGCAUCGGUUUGGGCUUCAAGACUCCCCGUGAAGCCAUUGAAGGAGCCUACAUCGACAAGAAAUGUCCAUUCACCGGCACCGUUUCCAUCAGGGGUCGUAUCCUAGCCGGUACUUGCCACAGUGCCAAGAUGGUAAGCACCAUCAUCGUUCGACGGAAUUACCUUCAUUUUAUCAAGAAAUACCAAAGGUAUGAGAAGAGACAUUCAAACAUACCUGCACAUAUUUCCCCAUGCUUCCGUGUCAAGGAAGGGGAUCACGUCAUUAUCGGGCAAUGCAGGCCGUUGUCAAAGACCGUGAGGUUCAAUGUUCUGAAAGUGAUUCCUGCUGGAUCUUCUGGUGGAGGAAAGAAAGCUUUCACCGGAAUGUAAGGUGUAAGUGUUUUCACGCCGUAGUCCGAGGUUGUAUGAACAUAUUGAUAAGACAUCAAAAUUCCCGAACUGAACCUUCGACUGCUAGAUUUUUUUGUUUCGGUUUUCGUAUGCACUAUUUUUACUGUUCGGAUCUUGUCAAAUUACAAAAGACUGGAAUUUUGGACAUAUCCCAUGUACUUCAAGUGCAGAAGGUACUUCAAUGUUUGAACU